AUGAUGGUGUCGACUCCCCGCCCAUCAACAGGCCCGCCCACCUUUCUAUGUGAAAAGCUCUUCGGCGCCUGGGCGACGCGCGACCAGGGGCCAGGAGAGUUCAUCUUGUCCAGGAACGCCAGAGGCGGCAGUGAAGGCAACAACAGUGGGCGCAGGUAUUGGCCUGGAACAACCGCGCCAGUGACGGGUAUUGUUGGCCAUGUUGGGAGGCCUGCUGAUAGCUCUUCUUCUGGGCUUGUUGGUACCUGUGUCGGCCCAAGUCGAUCAAACGAAGCAGAUCGCAUGGAUAUGCUUCGCGGUGUUUAUCGUGGUGUUUAUUGCGGGUUCGAUCUACGUGCGACACCGGAGAACAGUGCGGGCCCGCCGGGGUCCUUCAAGUACUGAUGACGCAGUAGCCCCGGUUAGCGCAUGGGGAAAGGCUGCCCCCCCCAAAGAGAACGGAAAAGGUGGCUUCGGCCAAUGUGUGGCAGGCGGUGCAUGGGAGCGAGACGCAUGAGCCUCGUCAUUUUGCUAACAUCCCCUCAAACAUGGGGGGCCACGGCGCAUGGUUCUUCCAUUUUUAUCUUGCAUGGCCCCUUUUUUGUGACACUGCUGUGCUCUCAUGAGCCCACUUCGGAGGGAAUCCGUGUAUUCCUCAAGCUUUAGUGGUUCACCCGAUUGCAUGUAUUCAUGUUUUCUUCGUUGCUGCUGUUGUUGUUGUGCCUUGUUACUCCGUUGUCUGUUCCGCGUGCACUUUGGUUACUCUGUAGGAGUAUAAGUAGCGCCUCUCCCCGCAGCUCUGGGCAAAAACCUCCUCACUCUCCUGGUAGAAAAAACCGUACAACCUUGUUGUUACGCCUGCCUUGGUAGGCUGUUGUACGCCUCCAUGCCUGCGUGCACCCUUGCCUGGCCACAUGCUUUCCCCGGUUACUUGGUGGUCACGUUUCUGUGAUAUUUUUGUCGGCCUCCGAUUCGGCGGCAUGCGGUAGUGUUUCGUUGGUUCGCAAGGAAUGAAUGGAACGUGUUGAAGGUCGGCAAGGGGCCUCUAAAUUUUUCGCGUUAGUGCAUGUCCGUUAUAUUUCGCCACGGCGGUUGCAGUGAGCUAGCUUACGGAUUUCAGGAGAUGGGCUUAGUCUUUGACCACAAAUCUGUUUACCUCGGCGACCACAUGUAUGUGUUGUUUCGUGCUGGCAUCUCAUCUAUCAUGAUUUCAUCACU